UUAUAUGAGACCGGUUUUACAGAACGACACCUACAGGAUUAAAUAUAACACGAAGAGAUUUUUAAUACGAUAUUUGACUAGCAUUAUGUUCAGUAUCUGAUAUAUUUAAAACGUUAAUUUCAGUACGAUCUAACUAGCCUUGUCGUUAACACAGAUAUGGGGGCCAAGGAGUGCCACCUAUUCUGGAUAAUAUGUGUAAUUGGAUUGUCACUCAUUGCAACAGAUGGUAAGCUGUAUAAAUACGGUAUAGAGGCUGGGGAUACUCAGAUUACUUCUUUUCAGCUGCCAUCCACCUUAGAUCUGAUUCCCUCUAUCCAGUAUCUCGGUAAAAGCUACAAUAGAAUUUAUAUAUCAGAGUAUGGAGUUGUUGGUUUCCACCCAGAAAUCUCUUUUUUAACACAAGAAUGGCGCAGCAACCCCGAGGAAGGGAAUUAUCCAUUUGUGGCACCCUAUUAUUUUGAAACAGCAAGAAAGACUGCCAACGUUCCUGGAAAGAUUUUUUAUAGAAAUAUAACCGGCAAUGGUUCUACUCUACAUGAUUUAGGAGAAUACCUGAAAACCGCUGUAGUAGGUGUCGCUGUCAAAGGUUUUACGCCUGAUUUGGCUGUUAUAGUCACGUGGGAAAACGUCACAGAUAAACAGUCAUCAACCAAUGACUGUCUAGAUGAAGAUAAUAAUAAUAUUUGUGACAAGACUAAUACAUUUCAACUAGUUCUAGUUGCCGGUCAACAACAAACCUUUCUAAUCUUUAAUUACCAUAAAAUGGAAGUUCCCGUUAGAGAAUUCUACCAGGCUGGGAUGAAUGGAGGUUUAAACGUUGGAUGGAAAGAUGUUUAUUGUGAAUCAAACUGCAUCAGCACCCCAGAUUUCUCAAUGUUUCCAGAUAUAAUGGCCAGUGACAUCAAAGGAAGAUUUAUCUAUAAGGUUUCUGAUGACGUCAUUAUUAGGGGUGGCUGUUUGCCUUCCGAUGAUGGACAGUUAGAAGUUUCUCCGCAAUAUGUCAGCGCGUUUGGUGGCCACAUUGUAGAUGUGUCAGGAGUAUGCGUCACCAAUACGUCCAAGGUAACAUGUAAAUUUGGUGCCGUUGAUCCGGUAGAAGCUGUUUAUGCAAGUUCCAUGUUUGUAAGAUGUCUAACACCUAGAUUAACGGCUAGGGACUUGGUGACAUUAAUGAUUACGGUCGAUGAUUCAACAGUAUUACGCAAAGAUAUACAUGCCGUACUACCUUUCCAAUCAACUCAGUUGGACCAUAUUGUCUUAUCACCUGGUUGGGAUAAAACUGAUGUACAGAAAUUAAACCUUACCUGGGAUUAUAAAGUUUUCUCUGAGAACCCGGCAGCAACUGUUGAUAUACUGCUCAUUGGUUACAGAGAAACGGAGACGCAGAUGAUUUUUAAAAUCUUGGCUACUCUCGGAGCAAAUGUUAAAAUUUCUGACGGUGGUUUCGAAUUUAACACAUCUGACCACCGUUGUUCUGUAGAGGAUUGUAAAUUAUUUGAACAGGGAAUGGUAGAAGUACGAUUAAACAUUAAACACUGGAACCCCGCAACCAAAUAUGGAUUUGUCGGCUCUGGGGUAUUUCCUAUAGGAUGGCAUGUCGUCGAAUAUAUGAAAUCAACACACGGUCCCGACUGGUCUAAAGUUUUAUGUACGAACUGGUAUGAUAGGGAUCGCCAGGAAAUGGCCUGGUUAGAAGAGUUGCUGGAUUGCCCCUGUACUCUGGAUCAAGCUUUAACAGAUUUUGGAAGAUGGCUAACUGAUGGCGGAUGUAAUAUAUAUAAUGGAAGUGUCUGUACUUACCAUAUUGGUGCCGUUCAUUGUGUUCGAUCUUUCAGACCAAGCAAGUCCGGAGCUGGUAAUCAGUGUUGCUAUGGACCAGAUGGUAAUGUCAGAUAUGCUGCGGAUUCCUUCCAGGGAUCAACUCCGGAUCGAGGUCAUGACUGGGGAGCACCACCUUACAAUAAACCUGGUUAUGUACCGUCUUUAUCUCACUGGAAACAUGAUGUUGUUACUUUUUAUUAUUGUUGUUUAUGGGUUGAUUAUAAAUAUUGUGAUAAUUAUAUGGACCAAAGAGCCACCAGGGAUUGUAAAAAUUAUCAACCCCCCAAAACAGCUAUUAUUUAUGGUGACCCACAUGUGAGAACAUUUGCCAACUUCCCAUAUGUAGUAGUUGGCAGGGGAGACUACUGGUUAACAAAAACUGCCGACUUUCAGUUGCAGGGAAGAUUCGAUCAAAUCAACAGAACAUUGGUUUCUACAACAGCUUUGGUAGGAGUUGUGUUACAAGGUACGGGCAGUUCUAAAGUUGAAAUACAGCUUGCCCCAUCUACUUAUACCAGUCCACGGGUACUGACAAUAUUAGUAGAUCAACAGAUUACAUGGUUUAAUACGCUAGAGAGAAGCAGACAAGAUUUAAAAGGAUUAACUAUAAUAAACUAUGAAUCACGGGCAGGUAAACACGACAAUUUUACUAUAAUAAUGACGAAUGGUAUUGGUGUACAGGUUGUAGCUGUAAAUAAUCUACUACACGCAACAGUUGUUGUACCACAAGCCUACAAGAACCAAACAGAAGGAUUACUUGGGACAUGGUCAGAUAUAGAAAUGGAUGGUGUGAGAAACAGGAAUGGGCAACUAAUACCGAUACAGACGUCGUCAACCAAACAUAUCUAUGAAAAUUUAAUUACGUCUUGGUCAGUCAACGCUACAGAACGUCUUUUUCAAUACCCAGCUAUGGAAAAUACGGGCUUUGCUCCUUUAUUUUUAUUUCCGCCACUUCCUAUCAGCAUAACCUUAGAUGAAAUCAACGAAUUGUGCGGUUCAGAGAUGUCUAACUCUUCAUGUCACUAUGACUACAUAGCUACUGGUAGUUCAGAUAUUGCCAAUGCCACGUUGCAGGCAGAAACUUGGUUUAAAACAGUUCAAGGCUUUCAAGUACCAGUGGAAACUUGUGGUUUACUGGAUGUACCAAGAAGUAUCAAGAAUAAUUAUAACUAUGGUAUUGGUAGUAAAAUAAAUAUAGAUGGUUGUAGAAAGGGCUACUUAACAGGGGAGGCCACUUCAUACACAUGUACUAGGAAAGGAAACAACACUAAUGUUUGGGAACCAGAAAUAAGCGCCGUGUGUAAAGCACCAACACAACCACCGCCUUGUCCAGGUGGACCUACAGGUGCUGGAUCUUCACCGAAAAUUACCAGUCUUUUAGCCAUUUUUAUUUCCAUAUGCUAUUUAGUUUUAUAAAACCUCACAUUAUGUUAUAUUUUCGGUAUUAGUGUUUCUAUUAGUAGUAUUAGAUUAGAUUAUUAAAGCAUUUUCAGUUUUAUUAGAUUAGAUUAUUAAAACACUUUUAGUUGUAUUGUAUUAGAUUAUUAAAACAUAUUAAUUUUGUAUUGUAUUAGAUUAUUAACGCAUUUUCAGUUGUAUUGCAUUUGAUUAAUAAUGCAUUUUCAGUUGUAUUAGAUUGGAUUAUUAAAGCAUUUUCAGUUCUUUUAGAUUAUUAAUGCAUUUUCAGUUGUAUCAGAUUAUAUUAUUAAGCAUUUCAGUUGUAUUAGAUUGGAUUAUAAAAGCAUUUUCAGUUGUAUUGUAUUAGAUUAUUAACGCAUUUUCAGUUGUAUUACAUUAGAUUGUUAACGCAUCUUAAGUCAGAACAUUAUGUGAAAUGAAAUGGGUUUUACCGUCCUACCUUUCUGCACCAACCGUGAUAACGUCAAGCAGUGUGCUAUGAGAAUGACCCCAGGAAAAGUUCAUAUUAAGUCCUUUUUGAUAAUAUUAACCAAUAAUUUAUCUACGUUUUGUAGAAAAUGUAUAAAUAAUUCUACGUUUAGUGUACGUUAAAAGAAGAGCAGGCUAGAUGAUUGACAUAUAGUUAAAACGUUAAAUAUAUGUACCAUUUUAAUGUAAAGACUGUUGUUAUAAGCCCAUCUGACUAUAAAAAGAUCGACCAACCUAUUUCUACUUACGGACCCCUUUGGACAAUUUACAUAUCUCCGAAGAUCCCGCAUCUUCAUUUACUUAGUUCAGCCAGAUUUCCCAUGUUAGGGGUGUUAGAACUUUAAACAUAAAUCUAAAACGGACCAUCUUUAUCUGAAAAAUGAAAAAAUGACAAAAAUGUGCAUGAAACAAUAUGUAAUAUUAUGCACUCUUGUUGGUCCAUAAUUCACAUAAAUAUUACAAUGUAUAGGGGGGGGGAUACAAGAUCCCCAAAAGGGGUGGCGGGUAUGCAACCAAUGUUUGCUGAGGUUACCGAGGAAACAAAAUACCAAGGGAACAGUUUAUGACAUUCUUAUUUAAGUUUCAUAAUGGUCACACAGAUUUUCUGACGUUGAAAGACAUCCGAUCGGAGCGAGUUAAUUAAAUUUAUUCUAACUCUUUGACGCUUGAUACAUAUAAAUAUACUUCACUUUUUUAUACACACAUAUUUUCAUGUGGCCGUAUUAUGUCGUCGUACCGGUACGUCCGUCCAGACGUCUGUAUGCCUUGACGUACGUUCACAUGUUUUGUGAACACUCUGAGAGGAGGUAACGGACCGUAACUUCUUGGGCUUUUGCCCCUGAUUAUACGAAAAUCCCCUACAUAGCACGUGGGCCCGCUAGAGGACACAAUUUGCAUUCGAUUUUGAUUUAUUAGCGUUGAAAUAUAUGUGAAUUACACAAAAAUUUGUUUAUUACACAAAAAUCGCGGAUGAGAUCAAUGAUGGUGGCAAUCGCUAAAUUCCC